AUGCUUCAGACUUGGAGAGGAUCAUGUCGCGGCAACGUGAGGACGACCAUUCUAAAGAAUGUGAGGAAUUGCAAUAACGUUGGAAUCGAUUUACCGAUGUACGAGGUAAGUACAACGAGGGGAGUUCCCAGUACGAGUACAAACUUGAAGGAGGCUUUAUGCGAAAAAAUCCCGGUACAUUACGAUCUGCUGAGGAAUUUCCGCCAACAACAUGGAUCCUCUGUCGUCAGCCAUAUUACCGUCGAUGAUAUUUAUAAAGGAUUGAACGGUGUAAACACUAUGGUUAGAGAAACCGCUGAGAUUGAUCCAAAAUAUGGGAUUAAGUACCGAGGGCUGACAAUACCGGAAGUUGUCACCCUCUUACCCCACGAAGGAAAGUCACCGAGCGCAGAAUCUGUGUUCUGGCUGUUGUUAACCGGCGACAUCCCAACUCGAGAGCAAACAGCAUCCCUGAUCGCCGAUUGGUCGGUAAGACGUGAAAAGAAGAAAGAUUGGUGGUCAGGACCGGGUGGUGGAAUUGUCGGUUCCGUUCUCCAAACUCUGCCAAAGACGAUCUCGCCUCUUGCACGAUUAUCGGUGGCUCUCACUGUCCUUGAUUCUGGCAAACAUACAAAGAAAGCUUUAGAAAUUAGUGCUUUGACUCACACUCAUUGGGAAUAUACGUACGAAGAUAGUAUGGAAUUUCUUGCAACAUUACCAGCAAUAGUUGGUUUAGUCGCCAAAAGCGAAGGGUUGAAGAACGUGAAAGAGGAAGAAGGUGAUUGGGUGCAGUUUUUAUCCGAAUGUUUGUAUAACUCGUUCGACAUUUCGGAAAAUCAUAGAAAAAUGUUGAUGGACUUUCUUCGAUUAUACAUUGUCCUAAACGCGGACGAAGAUGGUGGAAUUCCUGGUAUUCAUGUGACAGAAAUUCUCGGAGCUUCUCAAUUGGAUAUCAAUCAAGCCAUAGCGGCUGGAGUGUUGGCAUAUGCUAAUGAACCUAAGAGCGGUACAAUGUCGCAAUGCAUGGAAUUUCAAACAAAAACACGACGUCUCUUUGGCCGAGAACCGAAAGAGGAAAGAUUGAGAAAUUAUGCGGCCACUUUAAUUAAACAAGACAGGUUAAUUGGUUACGUUGAUUCAGAAUAUUGUGAUCCACGGUAUACCGCGAUACUGAAUUACGCUAGAGAAUAUUUGCCAAAUGAUACAGACGUGAAGUUAUCGCAAGCUGUGACUCAAAUACUUACCACAAUAAUGAAAGCUGCAAGAGGAAAAAAUAUUUUCCCCGAACAAAAUGCUAUUGCAGCGCCAAUUUUUCAGUUCUAUGGAUUGAAGGACAUGAAAUUCAAUCAAGUGUUAUUGUGCAUGCCAGCAUCAAAAUGCACUUACACUUAUUGCAAUUCCAUACGAGGGAUACAAAGGAAAUGUAAACGAGGGAAACACGUGAAAUAUAUUCGAAAAUAG